AUCAUCAACAACCACUAAAGAGUCUAUCACUUAAUAGUAUACAAUCACUACAAUGACUAACGAUAUUCACGAAACUGGACAUGUUCAUGUCUCCUCUGCUGGUGGUAAGACUGCCUUUAAGGAUUAUAUUGGUCAAUUCGCUGAUGUUGAAGAUCCACUUGAAAGAAGAAGAUUAGCUUUAGAAGAAAUUGAUAGAGCUGGUUUCGGGUGGACUCAAAUGAAGAUGAUUAUGAUUGCCGGUGUCGGUUUCAUGACUGAUUCUUACGAUAUCUUUGCUAUUAACUUGGGUAUCAAUAUGUUGCAAUAUGUUUUCUGGAACGGUACUAUUCCAGCUUCCACUACUACUUUGAUUAAGGUUUCUACUUCUGUUGGUACUGUUAUCGGUCAAGUCGGUUUCGGUUCUGUUGCCGAUCACGUUGGUCGUAAGGCUAUCUAUGGUUUAGAAUUGAUUGUCAUGAUUUUCGCUACUGUUUUCCAAUGUACCUUGGGUGAAUCCCCUGCUAUUAACUUCACUGCUAUCUUCUGUACUAUGAGAAUUCUUAUGGGUAUUGGUAUUGGUGGUGAUUAUCCAUUAUCUUCCAUUAUCUCCUCUGAAUUCUCCACCACCAAAUGGAGAGGUGCUAUUAUGGCUGCUGUCUUCUCUAACCAAGGUAUCGGUCAAGUUUUCGCUGGUAUUGUUGCCAUGAUCUUAGUUGCUGCUUACAGAAGUGACUUGGAACCAGCUCAAACUGGUGCUGAAUGUAUUGGUAACUGUAGAAGAGCCUGUGAUCAAAUGUGGAGAAUCUUGAUUGGUUUCGGUUGUGUUCCAGGUGUCAUUGCUUUAUACUAUAGAUUAACCAUUGCUGAAUCUCCAAGAUAUGCUUUAGAUGUUGUUGACCACGAUGUUGUUCAAAAGGUUGCUGACGCUGAAGCUUCUAUUGCUGCUGAAGCCAAGGAAAUUGUUGCUCCAAAGGCUUCUUUCAGAGACUUUGUUCGUCACUUUGGUCAAUGGAGAUAUGGUAAGAUCUUACUUGGUACUGCUGGUUCUUGGUUCAUGUUGGAUGUCGCUUUCUACGGUUUAGGUUUAAACACUACUACUAUCUUGCAAACUAUUGGUUACGCUGGUCAAGCUAACGUUUACGAAAAGUUGUACAACUCUGCUGCUGGUAACUUGAUUAUCGUCUGUGCUGGUUCUUUACCAGGUUACUGGUUCUCCAUUGCUACUAUUGAUAUCCUUGGUAGAAGAGUUAUUCAAUUAGGUGGUUUCAUUCUUUUGACCAUCAUCUUAUGUAUCAUGGGUUUUGCAUACCACAGAUUAGGUAAUCACGGUUUGUUAGCUUUCUUCGUCUUGGCCCAAUUCUUCCAAAACUUUGGUCCAAACGUUACUACUUUCAUCACCCCAGGUGAAAUUUUCCCAACUAGAUACAGAUCUACUGCUCACGGUAUUUCUGCUGCUACUGGUAAGGUUGGUGCCAUCAUUGCUCAAACCUGUAUUGGUACUUUAGUUAACCACGGUUGUGCUAAGGAUGAACCAAACUGUUUCUUACCUCAUGUUUUAGAAAUCUUUGCCUUGUUCAUGUUGCUCGGUAUCUUCACCACUUUAUUACUUCCAGAAACUAAGAGAAUGACCUUAGAAGAAAUUUGUGAAAAAUACCACGGUGAAAUUGACAACACUAAGUUAACCAGAGAAGUUUACGCUACUGAAUCUUCUGAUGAAAAGCAAUAAACUUUGGGUAUUUAACUUGUGCAUAAAAAUUUUAUUUCGUUUAGAUUGUUUUCUUUUUUUUAAUAUUGGGAAUUUGCAUGACUUGCUAAAGUCAUUGGGAUUUUCAUUUUAUUUUGGUUAUAAUAGAUAUUAAUAGUAAUAGUGUUUGAAAAUUUU